UUGUGUGAAUGCUCUUUAAAACUAACCCGGAGAGCAGUUUAUCUCUACCUCGGGUUGUUUUUGGAGGAGCUCCGGGGUGGACCUCCGGCAUGGAGCUCCGCAGCGGCGACAGCUCACUGCGUGGCGGCUUCCGGUGUCCGUCCGUCUGCUGGAGGAUGGCGUCCGGCUUCAACCGCAACCAACGCCGGUCCUCCGUGUCCUAAAUACACCGAAAGGUUGGGCCACCCAAUGCUGGAAGACAGGCAGUGCAAACCAUCCAAUUUUCUCUCCUGUGUCAAAGGAAGUGUGUAAACACCGAAAUAGCACUCAACUACUCUGUGUGCUGGUUACCAUUUAUUUUUUAUUUUUUAAACCACAUCCACCCUUUUCAGUUCAGCGCUGAACCCCCCCCCCAAUCAUCUGCUGAGAGCUGAACCCCUACAUGCGAAGUGGAAGGAUGACGGAGGCGUGGCAGCAGCAGCAGCAACAUGCAGUGGCUCCACCCUCGGUUGUGCACACGCUCCCCCAGGGAGCUGACAACCCUCUGGGCUGCACCGUGUACGGAGUGGUCCUACAGACAGAUGCUUCGCUGCAGCAGCCGCAGCACGGCCAGCAGCUCACCGUUCAAGCCCAGCAGCCCUCCUUGCAGGUAGGGGGCGAGAGAGGGCACAAGUGCGGAGCCUGUGGCCACGACAUAUCUCACCUGGCCAACCCUCAUGAGCACCAGUGCAUGGUGAACCAAGACCGAUCCUUCCAGUGCACCCAGUGUAUGAAGAUCUUCAGCCAGGCGACGGACCUGCUGGAGCACCAGUGCGUGCAGGUGGAGCAGAAGCCCUUUGUGUGCGGUGUGUGCAAGAUGGGCUUCUCUCUGCUCACCUCGUUGGCCCAGCAUCACAACUCGCACGGCAAUGGAAACAACCCAAUGAAGUGCUCCAUCUGUGAGAAAACGUACCGGCCGGGUUCCGGAAACGUCACCCCGACCUCGUCGCCGCCAACCCCCAGCAGCCCUCCACCGGUGAGACGUCCAGCCUCUGCACCAGACCGGCCAUACAAGUGCUCAGUGUGCCACAAGUCCUUCCGGCAUUUGUCAGAGCUGACCCGCCACGAGAGAGUGCACACCGGCGAGAAGCCGUACAAAUGUGACACUUGCGACAAAACCUUCAGCCAGUCGUCGCAUCUGGCGCACCACCAGCGCACGCACAGCUCCGAGCGGCCGUACAAAUGCGCCGUGUGCGAGAAGAGCUUCAAGCACCGCUCUCAUCUUGUGCGGCACAUGUAUGCUCAUUCGGGCGAGCACCUUUUCAAGUGCAAUUUGUGUGAGAUGCACUUUAAGGAGUCGUCCGAGCUCCUGCACCACCAGUGCCAGCCAGAGGGGGAGAGACCUUUCCGCUGCGGCUCCUGUGGGAAGAGCUUCAAGCGCCCGUCUGACCUGCGGCAGCACGAACGCACCCACUCGGAGGAGCGACCUUUCCAGUGCGAGGAGUGCCAGAUGAGCUUCAAACAGCAGUACGCUCUCGUACGCCACCGUCGCACUCACAAAAAUCCAGCCGACCGCCCUUUCAAGUGUAACCUCUGCGACAAGGGGUUCCUUCAGCCGUCCCACCUGCUUUACCACCAGCAGGUUCACGGUAUGGAGAGUCUGUUUAAGUGUGCGUCCUGCCAGAAGUCUUUCAGCCAAUCGGGAGAACUGCUGAGGCACAAAUGUGGCGGCGAGGUGGAGAAGCCCUACAAGUGCGACGUGUGCGGCAAAGGUUACAAAAAGAAUUCGACGUUGCAGCGCCACCAGAACUCUCACUGCACGGAGAAGCCGCUGAAGUGCUCCCUGUGCGACAAGCGCUUCGUGUCGUCCUCCGAGUUUGUCCAGCACCGCUGCGACCCGACCCGCGAGAAGCCGCUGAAGUGUCCCGACUGCGAGAAGCGCUUCAGGUACUCGUCGGAGCUGCAGCGCCACCGCCGAGUUCACACCGGCGAGAAGCCGUUCAAGUGCGCCAACUGCGACAAGAGCUUCAAGCAGCGCGAGCACCUGGCCAAGCACCAGAGCGUGCACUCGCGGGAGACGCAGUUCAAGUGCGUGUGGUGCGGAGAGCGUUUCGUGGACCUCACGGCUCUGCAGGAGCACACGGUCCAGCACACCGCUGAGGGGGAGAGUUUCCCUGAAGCUCAGUGCAUCCCAUGAACCGAACUGCUCUUCAGUCCUGGGCAGCAAACAUGACAUUCACCCCCUCAAAGCAACGUGUGCCAGCCUCCGCUCCCCCAUCUGUAGUUUAUAACACGCAACCCAAUAAUUACGUUUUAAUGAUUAUUUUUUUUUAUGUAUCAAGACUGAAUUCAUCCUCAUCCCUUUAGUCGAGUAAAUGACAAAGCACCAUAUAUCCACAGAGGGCGGUUACGAUUCCUCUUCUUAUUUUGGUACACAUGGAUAAAAAACUUGAACAGAAUGGAGGGAAAAGAAAAGUCGUAAGAUGUGUGAAGAUCACAGCUUUGUUUGGUGCAGAGUGUGGGACCCUCUUCUGUGGCUGCAUGUGAUCGUCUGUUUUGUAACUGUUGAUUGUGUUGAGAAAGCUGGGAGGAAACUUCCAGGAGAUGUGUGUGUGUGUGUGUGUGUGUGUGUGUGUGUGUGUGCUCACGUGUUAGAUCCUCUGAAAUCCAUGUGCCUUUUUUAACCGAUCACUUUUGUGUUUUUGUUAAUAAUUAUGUCCAGUUUAGCUUAAAAUAACCCCUCCCAUCCGUAUGCAGUGGCUGGCUUGUGCAGCAGUAUCUUUUCACAUACUAGAUCUUAGGUAGUAUCAUCUGUUUGUGCAUGAAUAUUUAUCACACUUUAAUAUCACUGUUGUAUUAUAGGUUUGGUUUAUUUAGGAAAAACAUCCUAAGAAGAAAAAGUGGAUUUGUGAAAAUGUAUAGCCCGUGUCCUUUGAAAUCUGUGUUGUUGCAUCUUUGUAUUAAAAACAAAUGACAUCUAGGUAACUAACCAAACCUAUCAUGUCAUACGAACACUUGACAUGUGCAAUAGAACACGCACAAUGUAAUAUUUAUGACUACUGAUUCAUGGUGUAGUCUACUCUGUUAUAUUAUAGAUUGUGUGUAUAUGCUCCUGUAAACAUUGAAAAACUGUAUAGUGCUUAUGUUACCUGCUUUUGUAUUCACUUAUGAAUGAGCUUGCAGUAUUUUGCAAGUACUUUUAGUUUCAGUACGAGAUGGACUAUUACACGGUUUAACCCCGACCAGACUUCAGAGCGUCAUGUUGCUCAGGUGCCACAGACUUUGCUGCAUUAGUUACCAUGCGCUAUAGAUCUAACAAAAGUAAUAUUCUUUUUUUUAAUGUUUUUUGAAGAAAUUGGCCUCGUUACAUCCUCAGAGGGGUCCCUGGUUCUGGUCCUGGUCCAGACCGGACCUUCAGCCGAUUAAUCAGGAGUAGCCUCAAAAGUUGCGGUUUUAUGUCGGGCAUAAAGUUAAACGUGUGUACUUUAGUUUACUGUGUGGAUUUCUAUAUUCACAAUACUUGCAGUAUAUUCAAAAGGUUUUUGGAGGUUAGAAUUCAUGGGACAAAGGGAUUUAAAGCUGGGGGGGGGAGGGAGGUUGUGCCACAGUGGAGGUCCUGGUGAGUCCGUUUCAGAAACCUGAAGGAGUGUUGUGAUGGAUUCACACGUGUGGAUAUCGACAUAGACUCCUGUUCAUACUGUAAACAGACCAUUCAAAUAAACCACCCUUAUGAACAUAA